AUGGACCCGACGCUCGCUGGUGGUGACACAGAGAAUGAGUCUGAGAAGAACGAAGACCAGAAUGAAGCAACAUCCGAAAUCAGUGAGUCUCCAGAGUCUGUGUCACUGUGUGACACCUCAGCAGAGAAGGCCACAGAAGGCUCUGACACUGACCUAGAGGUUGAAGAUCCUCAGAAGACCUUUGUGGGCACUACAGGUGCAGAGCUGUACUUGGAAGCAUGCAGGCUGAUGGAGGUGGUGCCUGUCUCAUACUUUAUUCAGAACAUGGCCAAGUCUUAUAUAAACCUGAACCACUAUGGUCUAGGACCCAAAGGUGUCAAAGCCAUUGCUAUUGCUCUAGUGUCCAAUGAAUGUGUCACCCAUCUAGAGUUGGAAGACAACUGCAUGCUGGCAGAAGGAGCCAUAUGCAUAGCAGAGAUGCUACGAGAGAAUUCCACCCUUCAAGAACUGAACAUCUCAAAUAACCACCUAGACACAGCAGGAGCUGAAGCCAUUGCCAAUUUGCUUUUGGACAACAUGUCCUUCCUCCACACUAUUCAGCUCUCAGGAAACAACUUUGGAGAGGAGAGUGCACUGUACUUUUCUGAGGCAUUAAUGAGCAAUUUCCAAGUGAAGGAGCUGGACCUCAGCCACAAUGAGUUCUCUGAGAAGGGAGGACAGCUCCUGGGACAGAUGCUUGACAGCAACUCAAAACUAGAGAUUCUGGACCUGAGCUGGAAUCACCUGAGAAGGAAGGGGACCGUAGCACUGGGAAAAGGUCUCAGGGGCAAUGGUGCACUGAAAAUACUCAACCUUUCUUGGAAUGGCAUUGGCAACGAGGGAGCAAAUGCCCUAGGAGAAGUUCUCAAAGCCAAUGACAUGCUGGUUCACCUGGACAUCAGCAACAACCAGAUCAACAAUGAGGGAGCCAAGAAGCUCUGCAGAGGCCUUGAAGCCAAUGAAAAACUCAGAAUCCUGAAGAUAGCCGGUAAUCCCCUGACCACAGAAGGUGCUACUGCGCUAGUCUUAUCUAUCAGAAAGAACUCCAAAUCCAUGAUGGAGGAGAUCAACAUUUCAAAUGUGUUGGUGAACAAAACUUUCAUCAAAUUGCUGGAUUUGGUGUAUCAAAUACGUCCUGAACUAAAUGUCAUCUAUGGAGAAGUCGAAGGCUGUAUCACCACCAUGCCUGAGCAGCAUCCGGACCCCAUGAAAGUGAUUCAGAACUACUUGAAAGAACGCAACCUACAACUCUGGGACUUUUUUAGGAAGAUUGAUGAGGAAGGAAACAUGAAGAUCCCUGUGGCUGCUUUCCGGAGAGCCAUGAUGCAGCAUCCAAGCAUCCCAAUGGAUCGCAUCCAAAUUGGGGAACUAGUGCACAAGCUAGACCGGAAUCGGACAGGGGUUGUGGACUACAGUCACUUCAAAAAGCAGAAGCAUGUGGAAGAGGAAUAG